UGCAAUAAUAUAAAGCAUGUUCAUAUUUUAGUUUCCUUAUUCUUGAUGCAAUCAUCUAUGAGCUGACCAUCUGGUAAAAUUAUAUAUCCAACAUUUUAUCCUCCUUGAUAAACCCUUAUGCAUGCACUUCCUAUUUAUAAGAUAGCAUCCACUUAUCUCUUUUUUCCCUAUUCUGUAUUAGUUCAAAACUGAAAACAAAAGAUUAUUCCCUGGAAAGUAAACACUGAUGUUUCAUAUGAAGAUUGUACGUUGGUCACAAGAACAAUCAUUUUUCUUUUUUUGGAAUUUACAUCGAAUAGUUAAUUGUCUCAAUUUUGGUUAUUAAGAUUAAUAUCCAUAGCUUUAAUCACGCGGCAACUGAUUCAUGAUAUAUGAUUGUAUUAUCUAUCAAACAGAAACAAAUGGUGACGUGAAUCAAUGUGGUGAAAGAACUCCAGCUGUUCGUAUCUGCAAACACUCGGAAGUAACUAUGGAUACUCAAGUUUUUAUAGAAACUGCCGAUGUACCUCCACGUCAGAGAAAUAUAUGUAAAUGCAAUGUAAUACCAGCAUUUUUGAACAGCAGCGUUUCAUUAAACUUCCGGAAAUAUUCGCCGGAAAGUAAAAACGUUUAUUUCAAAUUACACGACAUCGUGUUGAACAAAACAGAAGAACGUGCUAACUCAACUUUUACUAAAGACAAUGAGCUGGUUUUGGAAACAGGAUCUGAUUUCAACACAAAGGAUGUUUGUCUUAUUAUAUCUACAGAUGAUGAAUCAACAUUUAAUAUAUCCUGUGAAGAGUCACAAGGGGCUGUUUCACAAUCCACGGUUCCAGAGAUUACGAUAAGUGAACUUAAAACAAGUACAAAUUCAACAUUAGAAAAUAGCAGUGAUGUAGAUAAUUGUACUAUUGGUAUGAUGCGAAUGGCUUUUAUAAAAUUUCUAUAUCUCUCUCUAAUUUUGUUAUGAUAAAUAUGAAACUUAAAUAGAUUAUCAAUUACGGUCUGAAUUCAGAUUUUUAAAAUAUAAAGAUUCACGAGUUCACUAGGA